AUGGGUUCCCUUGGACCAUUACCGAUCGACUAUACCGAGAGCAUGGGAGAGAUGGACAUCAUCUUUGCAGGUGGUGGCACCGCAGCUUGUGUCGCCGCUGGACGGCUCGCGAGGGCUAAUCCCGAUCUGAAGAUCUUGCUCGUCGAAGGUGGUCCCAAUCAAUACCAGGAUCCGCAAGUGACAAACCCCGUCAUAUACCUGAGCAACCUCGUACCGGACAGCAAGAACGCCCUGUUCUACAAGGGCCAGAAGUCCGAGCAUCUCAAUGGUCGUGAGCCAAUUGUGCCGAUGGGCGGCUGCUUGGGUGGAGGUUCCUCCAUCAACUUCAUGAUGUACACCAGAGCGCAAGGCGCGGACUUCGACUCCUGGAAAACCGACGGGUGGUACGCCAAAGACAUGAUGCCUCUUUGCAAGAAGCUCGAGACCUUCCAUCAAGACGAACCGGGCAUCAACAAAGACGCCCACGGCUAUGAUGGUCCUAUCCACGUCAGCGAUGGCGGCUUCCGCAGCAAGUCAGAGAAGCAGUUUAUGGAGACCGUCAAGAACAUGGGCUACAAAGAAGAAGUCGAUCUUCAGAACCUGGACACGGUGGACGGCUUUUCUCGCUGGCAGCGUUACGUGUCUCCUGAAGGCAAGCGGCAAGAUGCCGCACACACCUUCAUUCAUCCCCUCCUGCAGGAUGGCGAGCACCAGAACCUGCAUAUUCUAUGCAACUCCAAAGUCGUCAGAGUACUCUUCGACACAUCCGAUCCACCUCGCGCAGUCGGUGUCGAAUACAAGCCGAACGAAAACCAGCAGCCUGUUCUGAACACGAGCAAGCCAGUUCACAAGAUCGUCAAGGCCUCGAAGCUGGUAGUUGUCAGUGCUGGAGCACUUGGAUCGCCUCAGGUCCUAGAACGGUCAGGCGUUGGGAACCCAGAUCUCCUGAAGCGGCUAGGUGUUCCCCUCGUCAGCGACUUGCCAGCCGUCGGCGAGCAAUAUCAGGACCACCACCUCAUCCUAUACCCCUACAGAUCUACCCUUCCCGCCGAAGAGACUGUCGAUGGGCUUUUGUCCGGAAGAGUGGAUUUUGCGAAGGCUGUUGCUGAGAAGAAUCCCAUGCUGGGCUGGAACGCUAUAGACGUCGGCUCCAAACUGCGUCUCACGGAAAGAGAAGUCAAGUCCCUCGGUCCAGAAUUCGAGAAAGACUGGGAACGCGAUUUCGCACCGUACCCAACGCGCCCAGUUAUGCUGUGCGCUAUGUUGAACGGUUUUCUAGGUGACCACUCGCUCGUUGAGCCCGGCCAGUACUCGAUGAUGGGUGUCUACACCGCAUAUCCAUACAGUCGUGGCUCCAUCCACAUCACUGAUCCGGAGGACGUCCUGAACGGCUACACAUUUGAUACUGGCUUCCUCAAUCAUCCAUCCGACAUCAAGAAGCAGCUCUGGGCGUACAAGAUGUCACGCGAGAUCGCACGCAGACUCCCUUUCUACUCCGGUGAGCUCGAACUCGCGCAUCCGAAAUUCCCCGAAACGAGCCAGGCGGCGUUGCGCAAGGAAGCUUUUGCAUCUGGAGAGAAGAUCAGCGACAUACUAUAUACCCGGGAGGACGACGCCAUCAUUGAAGACUGGAUUCGAAACAAUUUGAACACAACGUGGCAUUCGCUGGGCACAUGUCCAAUGAAGCCCAAAGAGCAGGGAGGAGUCGUGGAUGGUAAUCUCAAUGUGUAUGGUACAUCGGGUCUAAAGGUGGCGGAUUUGAGUAUACCGCCGGAGAAUGUUGGUGCCAACACGAACAACACAGCGUUGGUGAUCGGCGAGAAGGCGGCGGUGAUUAUUGGAAGAGAACUAGGUAUCAAGGGCGUGUAA